CACGGGAGCACCUGAGUCACUGCGUGUAUAAGACACCGCCUUAUGGGGCAGGAAGCCCAGCGGGAGCUAACAGCAGAGCACACGGGGCACCCACCCAGCCCGCUACCCUUGGCCCCAAAGGGGAAGACGCCUGCACGCCUGAGAGAUCUGAGGGGACCCAGAGCAGAUGCCCAACCCACCUGGGGAACCUCAGCAGGACCAGGAUGACCCAGGAACACGGGCUGGGGUCUGUCCCCUCUCCGUGAUCGCCACUCUCACGAACCGGCAGCUGGUGAUCCCCACCCUGAUCAUCAUGGCUAUCAAACUGCUCCUGAUGACCUUGGUCCUCCUCUAUCGUGCUCCCCGGUGCCAGUCGGGCUGGGACCAGAACCAAGGGAGGUGCUACCUUUUCUCCCAGACUAACCAGUCCUGGGAGGCAGCGAGACACUCCUGCUUAGCCCAGAAUGCUGAUCUGGUGGUGAUCAACGACCCAGAGGAGCAGAAUUACGUGGCUAUUAAAGCCGGUUCCAUUCGUCACUGGAUUGGCUUCACCGACCAAGGGACUGAAGGCGUCUGGCGCUGGGUGGACAACACUCCUGUGGGAUUUACGUACUGGAAUGAAGGGGAGCCCAAUAACCAGCUCUCGCACGAAAACAGUUACGAGAACUGCGCCCACCUGUUGGACACCAGCCUGUGGAAUGACGGACCCUGUAAGAGAAACUACAGGUGGAUCUGUGAAAGGGCCACCACUGUGUAAACAGCCCCCUCAUCCCCCGGCUCUGAACACAGGCUGAAAUUCAUCCCCCCCACCAUGAGGCCUGGGCACGGCUCACGGCCUGCGCAUUAGCCCGUUGUGCUCUUGUGCUGACCCGUUGCCCAGGGCUGAAUCUCACACACAUCCUUGCUCUGCCCGAGGUAUCCCGGCCCCUCUCUCCAUUUGCUGCUCCCAGUGAAAACACCUUCCCCGCUGCAUUUUCCGGUGCCUGGGUCGGGCCCCCUGUGACGUUCCCCUCUGCUGUUAUCUGGACCGGUGAUCUGGUAGGUCACUCCAGUCCUUGAAUCUGGGAGCCAGCCUUACCUUGCUCUGCUGUAAGAAUCCCCAUUCCUGGGCUGUUCAUGCACAGCCUCCAGCAUGUAAGCUGCUUGGAUUGUGCAACCAAAUGACAGUAGCCAAUAUCUCCAAUCCCAGACACAACCCUAGGAACCUCCCUCUUGCAGUGUCCAGU